GUGUGAAAUGCCGCUAAAUGCCAGAUUUCGAUCGAAUAUUUGGAAUCUCCCCGUCGCGAGAUGCUUAAAUUCAACGACAGAACAAAUCUAGCGGCCAGUUCACUCCGUGCGCUGACACGGGCAUUUCGCGUAGAAGUGAGUUGUUCAAAUUGGGUGCACGGUACGAUAAUUAAGCAAUAUCCGCGUACGAGAGAGGUGCUAAUUCUAGUCAUGCAGAUGCGACUAACGCUGUUUGGGGUGGUGAUCUUGGGAUGCCUUCAGUGGAUCAACGGUCAAGAUGACAACUUUAGUAUUGACGUGAAGCAGAGGAACGCUGAAGUGUACCAUGAGCAGAGCAUGAAGAACAAUGAGUUCAACUAUGGGUAUCAGGUGGAGAAAGAGAACAGUCAGUUCCAGCACAAGGCCAAGGGUCCGGACGAUGUCACGUACGGUUGCUACGGGUACAUCGAUCCGAACAACGAAAAACACCUGUACUACUACGUGGCCGAUCGGUUGGGCUACCGACUGGUCGCUCCGGAUCAACCCACGAAGAUCUUCAGCGAACGGGUUGCCAACAGCAUUAACAAACUGAACGAAGAUCUGAAGGGAAAGGGAAAUCUGGACGAGAGGGUCGUAGCAUGGAACGAUCUCUACCUGCCUGACUCGUGCCGUAGGCUGAACGAGAUUCUCACGAUCACAACGGCUGCACCGGUGAUAAAGGGUUUCAACGGUACUGCCGGAGGAGCUGUGGCCGUCAGUGCUGGUGGCGGAGGGGCUCCAGCCAACUCGGGAUAUAAACCACCAAUUGCAACGGCAACCAUCAAAACCGUUCCGGCGCCAAUUGUUGUGGUACAAACAACAGCGAAUCCGAUUCAAAAACCGGUCAUCACUGCUACCGCUUCUAUUGGAAAUCUUCUGCCAGCAAAUAUUCCUAAAGUGAUUCCAAAUCCUGCGACGAUCCCAAGGCCAAUUGCCACGGCUACCGUCACCGUUGGUAACUCUACGUACAAAGCGUCCUCUGCUUCUGCCUCGAUUGGAAAUAUUCCACCCGUAAUUGCAGUGCCGACCACUCCGUAUCCGAUCCCGAAACCAGUUGUUACCGUUCCGACGAGACCUCCGGUAACGCAAGCUCCAAUCGUAGUCCCCAAUCUACCGACCAUUCCGAUCACAUCCACGACUCCCCAAGGCAAGGUUCCUCCAGUCCUGUCCGAGCCGGUUCGUCCUCCAACCAUCCAGCUUCCAUCAACUACCCCAGCCCCAAUCACUUCGAACCCCAACCCCGGUUACACCUACACCGUACCUCCAACCGUUCCAAAUCUCGACUCAUUCGGCCCCUCAAACCCUCACCUUGGUCCGUUCAACGGUUACGUGUACCCGAUCCACGGCGGCUGCCCAGCUUCCGAGGCCAACAUGGGCCGGUUGUUGACCCAGAUGGAGACCCUGAACGACAAGGUGAUCGAGCUGAGCGCAAAUAUCCGCAACCUGCAGGGUGGUGCUGCAGCGCCCGCGACCUGCCAGAGUUGGCUCAACCGGCAAGAUCAGUUCCCGCUGAUUGUGUACGUUCCAAUUCUGCUACCGUACGUGAACGCGGGCGAGGUGCCCUCGAAGAGUUCGUUUAAUCCGGCCAGCUACGCGUUCCAGAAGAUGUGCAAAGAAGAGUGCAAGUAAACAACAGCGGAUCUUGACUUAGACCUUUCGGCUUCAAGUGUGUGAUUUCGGCGGUGGCGGUUCAACAACAAGAGUGGAUUUGGAAACUUUGCAUAAUCUCGUGCACGUGAAUUAAUGACAAUUUUCUCAUGGUUGUGCGAUCGACCUUGAACGGGGUAGGGGAUGUACUGAAUUGAUUGAGUGUAAAUAUUUGAGUUGUUGAAGAAUACUCCGAUGUUAAUUUUGGCUGUUCGUAAUAGUAGUAUGACGUCGAUUAAGGCAGGUUAGCUAUUUAUGAAGAAUGUAAAUAAAGAUUAUUUAAUGUAAACAA